AUGCAGCUCAAACACUAUAAUAUUGUACUUACGCUCCUCUUCAUUUCUUCCGCCACCGCAUCUCCUCUUGUAGCUUUGAACAAACGACAGUCAACAUUCUCCCUGCCCUCCGGGUUUGUCUAUGAGGGAUGUUUCACCGAGGCUACCAACCAGCGAGCGCUCACCGGCCUGGGCUAUUUCGACGACUUGAUGACGCUCGAUAAAUGCGCCACAGCAUGUUCCUCUUUCAAAUUCUUCGGUGUCGAGUACGGACGAGAGUGCUAUUGCUCCAAUACUGGGUUGAAUGCGGGCAGUGUCUCCGCCCCGGAGGAAGACUGCUCGUUUUCAUGCCCAGGAAAUGCUACACAGAAAUGCGGUGCUGGGAAUAGACUUAAUGUCUAUAAGAUGGUUGGCUCAUCUUCGACUCUGACUUCAUCUUCACCAACUGCGACACCGACGCCUGUUUCAAAGUAUACAGCUUUGGGAUGUUACGCCGAAGCCACAACCUCCCGAGCACUCAACGACGCCUCUUAUUUUGAUGACUUAAUGACGGUAGAAAAAUGCCAGGCUGUAUGUGAUGGGUAUAAAUACUUGGGUCUAGAGUAUGGGAGGGAGUGCUGGUGUGCAAAUGUGUUGAGGGAUAGUAGGUCGACGACGGACGAGGAAUGUAGCUUUCCUUGCCCGGGGGAUAAGACGCAGAAGUGUGGUGCGGGAAAUAGACUGAAUCUAUAUGUUUUGGGAAGUUCUGUCUCGACGACCUCUUCAACAACUUCUUCGACGACGAGCUCUGCUACGACUUCAAGCAGCUCGUCUACUAGCCCCAGCUCAACAGAAAGCACAUCAACUGCAUCCACUUCCACCUCCUCCACAGUGACAUCAACUACGACUUCAUCCAGCUUAACAAGUUCGUCCUCAACCACUUCAUCUACCAGCUCCAGUUCAACCACGACCUCCACUACGCCCACAACCUCAACCGCCCCCGCCUGCCUCGCCACUGCGCCCGUCACCAACACCGGCUUCGAAAACGUGUCCGGCACAACAGCAACCGGGUGGCUUCCAUGGAACUACAUCGGCGGCACCACGAUGAUUCAAGUCGACUCUACCGUAGCACCCCCUCACUCUGGUGCCCACAGCUACAGGGUCCGCUCUCCUGCACUUACUGUCACCAACUAUGCAACAUUCGCCCAAAAUGUCGUGUACUGUGCUGGCUUGACCUAUAACUUUGAAGCCUGGUAUAGAGUACCUGGGGCGAAUUCGGGGAUUACGACAUAUUUUAGGGCUGGGCCUUUAACUAUUACCCCGGUGUAUACGAUUGUGGGGACUACGGGUUGGGUUAAAGUCAGUAGUAGUUUUGAGGCGCCAGCUGGGACGAGUUUGAAGUUUUAUGUUGAGAUGAAGUUCCCGCCAAGUACGGCACCGCAGGAUAUAUACUACGAUGAUAUUGUUAUAACUCUUGCAUGA